UUUUCUAACAAGCUUGCCUAAUUGGUAAUGAAGUCUAAAUUCUGUUUCCCAGGGAUGGUUUCAGAAUUUUGACUUGGUGAAACGUUUCUACUGAAAUAAUUUAUCAGCGCUCGAUGAUUUUAGGCCAGGUUUUUAUGACCCCUGAGCUGCUGCAGGUAUGAAGGAGCUGAUUGAGGAGAUGCCCGACAGCGGGUACGGGUGCGCCGUAGCCAACCGCUUCGGCCGCCUUCUGGAUGACGAGUCCGACCCUUUCGACUUGCUGUACCAGGCCCAGGUGAAAACAGAGAAGCGAAAGAAGAAAGAAGACCUGAAAAAAGUCGUCGCCGCGACAAAAAACAGCAAGAAGGAGUCGCAAAAAGACAGGAAGACACUGGUUCGUGUCGGAGAAAACACCGCAAACCGGGCUGCAGCAGGACAGAAGCGGCCUGUUCGCGCUGCACCUGACGAGCGAGAGGAGAGGCGCGCGGCCUUCAGUGAAGCAAAGAUGACUGAGGGUGAAGUUUCUCUGGGCUACUCCAUCGAGAGGCCUGGAGAGCCUUUUGAUAGAGCGACACGGGGAAGAGGAGGUGGACGGGGACGAGGGGUUCGAGGUGUCGGCUUUUCCAGAUCCACUGAUGGUUUUGAUCCCAGAGGGAAGCGAGAGUUUGAGCGGCACAGUGGAAGCGACCGGGCGAGUGUUCGUCCUGACGUGAAGCGGGGUGGUAGUGGACCACGCAACUGGGGGUCCAUGAAGGACCAUGUAAGUGCAGUGGCUGAGGGGGCACCUAAUGAGGAGACCGGUGAAGGCGAGGAAGUACCAGAUACAACGGAGACUGAGUUGGAAAAUGGGCCUGUAGAGACAGAAGAAGUGCUUGAGGUUGCUAUUGAGAUGUCUUUGGAUGAAUGGAAAGCAAUGCAGGAGCAAAGCAGAUCAAAGGCCGAGUUUAACAUUCGUAAGGCAGAUACCAAGUUGCCCCCCAAAGCUGUGGUGAUCCACAAGUCCAAGCGCCCAAAGGAACAUGGACCUGGUCUGAAUGAAGAUGACCAUCUAGUGUGUCGGCGCCCUGCUAAAGACAUCACCUGUCAGGUGGACAUCAACUUUGGGAGUCUGGGGAGGCCUACACGAGGGGGCCGAGGUGGGCGUGGAGGAAGAGGCCGCGGGGCUCCUGUCACCCAAAGAUCACCUCAGAAAGAUUUAAGCGAAUUGGCUCCGAACCCUGACGACCCAGAGGAUUUCCCUGCAUUGGGUUGAUGUGGCUGCUGCACUUGAGAUUAUAUUGGUACUGAGCAAGCGGACCACUCCUGGGACUUGAACAGCACUUGAGGUUGUUUAUUAAUAACUAAUUAAAAAAAAAAAAAAAAAAAAAGCACCCACAUUUAAUUUACUUCGGUCUUCGUGGCCUUGGUUAUUCUCUCCACAGAAUAAAUUACUUCUCCACAGACCUUUAUAUUGUGAUAUGUACUAUAUUCUACUAGCCUUCACAUUUAUGAAAAAUAAAGCAAGCAAAAAGAA